UUUCAGUUUUACUUGAGUCCUUUUAUAUUAAUGUGUCUUACUUUUACUUAAAUUUGACAAUUGGGUACUUUUUCCGCCACUGAGGACACCAUGAUCUUGCGCAGAAAAUACGGUAAUAACAGUCACCCAAUCAGCUGUUCUAUUGUUCGAAAGCUUUCAUUGGCUCACGCGUGGGCGUUGAAAACUUCAAGAAAUUAAUCGGGACACCUCAUUGGAUAAACAGAGUUGGAUGAGGUGUCCUCGAAGUGAUAGGUCUUACAACUGUUGCACAGCUGACAUUUCUUGUGUUCUUGCCUUUGCCCACAUAGGAAUAAAAUGUUAUUCAACCAAACUAGUUUGGCUGAUUGCUUACAGGAGUGGGAGGGUCUGGAAAAAGACUUUCAACGGGUCCAGGAGACUCACCGUCUGUAUAAACAGAAGCUUGAGGAGGUCUCCAAGCUACAAGACAGCUGUUCCAAUGCCAUAGCACGACAGAGGAAGAAAUUAAAAGAGCUCACAGUGUCGCUGGAAGAAUGCAAAGAAACACCGAGUCCAGAGGAAAUGAAUGCAAUAAAUGGGAUCCAGGAAUCUAUCAAGGACAGACCAAAUGUUUUCUUUGAAAUGGAGUCUUUCCUGCCAAAGAAGAAUGGGUUAUACCUCAGUCUCGUUCUUGGGAACGUGAAUGUAACAUUGCUCAACAAACACGCCAAAUUUGCCUACAAAGAUGAAUAUGAGAAAUUCAAAUUGGUCCUCACCGUCCUACUCCUCGUCUUCUCAUUCACAUGUCGCUUUGUAUUUAGUUACAGAGCCUUAGACGCUCUCUUCAACUUCCUGCUGGUGUGGUACUACUGCACACUGACCAUUCGGGAGAGUAUCCUCAUUAGCAAUGGCUCCAGGAUCAAGGGUUGGUGGGUGUUUCAUCACUAUGUGUUCUGCUUCCUGUCUGGAGUGAUGCUGACUUGGCCGGAAGGCAUACUCUACCAGAUGUUCAGGAAUCAGUUUCUCACCUACUGCUUGUACCAAAGUUUUGUCCAGUUUCUCCAGUACUACUACCAGAGUGGCUGUCUGUACAGACUUCGAGCCCUGGGAGAGAGUCACAACAUGGACUUGACAGUUGAGCUGCUCCGGUCAACUGUAAGUGCUGUUAUUGUGAUGUGGAAACGUCUAGGAGCAACAACAGGUCAGCCGUGAAGUGGUAGGCCACACAAGCUCACAGAAUGGGACACGAGUAGUGAAGCGCGUAGCGCGUAAAAACCGUCUGUUCUCGAGUACAACGCUACUUCCAAAUUGCCUCUGGAAGCAACAUCAGCACAAGAACUGUUCGUCUGGAGCUUCUUGAAAUGGGUUUCCAUGGCCAAGCAGCCACACACAAGCCUAAGAUCACCAUGCACAAUGCCAAGUGUCAGCUAGAGUGGUGUAAAGCUCACCGCCACUGGAUCAGUGGGAACCCAAUGCAUAGUGCCAACUGUAAAGUUUGGUGGAGGAGGAAUAAUGGUCCAGGGCUAUUAGUUCCAGUGAGGGUCAAUCUUAAGACUACAGCAUACAGUGACAAUCUAGAUGAUUCUGGGCUUCCAACUUUGUGGCAACAGUUUGGUGAAGGCCCUUUCCUGUUUCAGCAUGACAAUGCCCCCAUGGACAAAGCGAGGUCCAUACAGAAAUGGUUUGUCGAGAUCAGUGUGGAAGAACUUGACUGGCCUGCACAGAGCUCUGACCUCAACCCUAUCUAAGACCUUUGGAAUGAAUUGGAACGCUGACUGCGAGCCAGGCCUAAUCGCCCAUCAUCAUUGCUCUACCUCACUAAUCCUCUUAUGUAUGAUUGGAAACAAUGUUUCAACAUCUAGUGGAAAGCCUUCCAAGAAGAGUGGAGGCUGUUAUAGCAGCAAAGGGGGACCACCUCCAUAUUAAUGCCCAUGAUUUGGGAAUGAGAUGUUCAACGAGCAGGUGUCUACAUACUUAUGUCAUGUAGUGUAUUUAGUGACAUAAACAAACAUUCCACCA